GCUCAACGCUUUCUCAUAAUACGACUAUUUCUGAUACUGACAAUUAUAUUUUAAGUUGCAAUGUCUUCACCAGCUUCUCGUCGUGGGCGUCCGCCCAGAAGUUCAGCUGCAUCGACUCCUCGCUCGACAAGAUCGCAACAAGUCUCAAAUACCCCUCAGUCCAAUGCAAAUGGAUCACAAGCCACUCCUCACGCAUCCAGACGACUCCAAAACGAGAACAAUGUACCAUCUUCAUCUCCCUUGAUGUAUCAAUCCUCAUCACCUGUGCGUGGUGAGCAGACAGGAAUGGAUAUCAGCUCGCCUAUUAGAGAAUCUUCUGUCGCAGACGGCGAUACCACGCCACGAGCCACCAGAACCGGCAGACAAGACUCUUCGCCAAUCCGUUAUAUGUCCAGUUCAAGCCCACCACGAAACAAUAACCGUCAGGAUAUUCGUUCUGAUAUCCCUAGUAGUAGCAGCGGUCUAUUUGUUGGCUCAUCUCGCCCAGAACUCUCUAGCUAUACUCGCAAUGUCUCGCGCCGAGGUGAUAUUCAUUCGGAUGCUUUCUCGUCGACCCCGUCAGGUCGUCGAAGGCUGUUUGUGGAUGCAACUGGCAGGCCAGUCACUGAAGGUCAUGCUCACUCGGAUGCAACCUUCUCCAACGUCAACCCCGAUACUUCAGAGGCAGAUGCGCUUGGUGGUAACUCGACGCGUGUUAUUUGGGGAACUAAUAUCUCCAUCCAGGAUUCUAUGUCUGCGUUCAAAAACUUUCUUUAUAACUACGCAACGAAGUACCGCAUGUGGGCCGACGGCGCUACCGAGGAGGAAACAAGAGCGAUGGGCGAUGCUGCGGAGGAAAAAGAAUAUGUUACUAUGCUGAACAAUAUGAGAAAGCUAGGAGUCACCGGUUUGAACCUGGACGCUAAGAAUCUCAAAGCAUACCCCUCUACAAAAAAGCUGUGGCAUCAGUUGCAUGCAUACCCACAAGAAAUCAUCCCGCUUAUGGAUCAGACAAUCAAAGAUGUUUUGCUCGAGCUGGCAAUCAGUGAGAUGGAAACCCUCAGAAUUCAAGCUCAGCGAAACCAACCACGCACGCGAGACAGCUCAGCGGCGCCUGUACCAAGCUCAGAUGCCACGAGUGAGACGGGUCGUGCUGCUCCUGCCGACAUCCCUAAUUUGGUCGAACAGGUGGAGGUCAGGACAUACAAGGUUUUACCUUUCGGCUUGGAUAAGUCUGUAAAUAUGCGGGAACUAGAUCCUGCAGAUAUGGACAAACUCAUUAGUAUUAAAGGUUUAGUCAUUCGCACAACUCCAGUCAUCCCCGAUAUGAAAGAAGCAUUCUUCACAUGCCAAAUCUGUAACCACAGUGUCAUGGUUGACAUUGACCGCGGAAAGAUUAUGGAACCUACUUCUUGUCCACGGGCUCAAUGCAAGAGUCCUAAUUCAAUGCAACUAGUUCACAACCGCUGUAUUUUUGCUGACAAGCAAGUCAUUAAGCUUCAAGAGACCCCCGACAGUGUCCCAGAUGGUCAGACUCCUCACUCUGUCUCUCUGUGCGCGUACGAUGAACUGGUCGAUGUUUGCAAGGCAGGUGACCGGAUAGAGGUGACUGGCAUUUUCCGAUGCAAUCCUGUCCGUGUGAACCCCCGCCAGCGAACUACAAAAGCACUGUUCAAGACGUACGUGGACGUUUUGCAUAUACAGAAAGUCGACAAGAAGAAACUCGGUAUCGACGUGUCAACUGUGGAGCAGGAGCUUUCGGAACAAGCAGCGGGAGACACCGAGCAGACUCGAAAAGUCACUGCAGAAGAGCUUGAGAAGAUCAAGGAAACAUCGCGACGGCCUGACGUCUACGAGCUUCUGGCCAGAUCAUUGGCACCAAGUCUCUACGAGAUGGACGAUGUGAAGAAGGGAAUUUUGCUUCAGCUGUUUGGGGGUACGAACAAGACCUUUCAGAAGGGAGGCAAUCCACGCUAUCGUGGUGAUAUCAAUGUCUUGCUCUGCGGCGACCCUUCUACCGCGAAGUCACAACUCCUUCGAUAUGUCCACAAAAUCGCACCUCGCGGAGUUUACACCAGUGGAAAAGGUUCUUCAGCCGUCGGUCUCACGGCGUAUGUCACCCGCGACCCCGAAACUCGACAACUUGUUCUCGAAUCGGGUGCACUUGUCUUGUCGGACGGAGGCGUCUGCUGCAUUGACGAGUUUGAUAAAAUGAACGAAUCUACACGGUCCGUCUUGCACGAAGUGAUGGAGCAGCAGACUGUGUCCAUUGCUAAGGCCGGCAUUAUCACUACGUUGAAUGCACGUACCAGUAUUCUGGCUUCUGCCAAUCCUAUUGGCAGCAAGUACAAUCCCAACCUGCCUGUUCCGCAGAAUAUCGAUCUUCCUCCAACUCUGCUUUCCAGGUUCGACUUGGUAUAUCUAGUUCUUGACCGGGUUGACGAGCAAGAAGAUCGUCGCUUGGCGAAACAUCUGGUUGGCAUGUACUUGGAAGACGCUCCCGAAAAUGCAAGUCAGGAAGAGAUAUUGCCUAUUGAAUUCUUGACUUCUUAUAUCACCUAUGCCAAGACGCAAAUCCACCCUGUUCUUACUCAACCCGCCGCUGAUGCUCUCACCGAAGCGUACGUCACGAUGCGCAAGCUAGGAGACGAUAUCCGAGCAGCUGAGCGUCGUAUCACAGCUACCACGCGUCAAUUAGAGUCUAUGAUCCGUCUUUCCGAAGCUCAUGCCCGUAUGAGGCUCUCCUCUGAAGUGACAGCUGAAGACGUCGAGGAAGCCGUACGACUAAUCCGGUCCGCGCUCAAACAAGCAGCCACAGACGCCCGCACCGGAUUGAUUGAUAUGAGCUUGCUGACGGACGGUACCAGUGCAAGCGAGCGCCGCCGUCGUGAUGACUUGAAGAAAGCAGUCCUUAACCUAGUAGAUGAUAUGGGUGCUAGUGGCACAGCUCCUCGUUCGGUAGAUGUGCUGCGCAGACUCAACGAGAACAGCAGCAUUCAGGUUGAGAGCAAUGAAUUCAAUAAUGCAGUGCAGGCACUUGAGACUGAGGGCUUGGUUAAUGUAGACCAUACACGACGAACCAUUCGACGAGUGGGCGGUGCUAUUUGAUACAGCCUGUUCUUUUCGGUUUAUGAUUGAAAUCAAUAUGUAUGUUUCUUUUUCAGUUUUAAGAUAAUACGCACUUGAUGGGGGUUACGGUAGGGUUAUCAGAUAGCUUUGUUGUACAAUAAAA